AAAUUAUCUUGGCCUAAUGCCACAGUUGAUCCAAAAGUAAACAAACACUAAUUUUAAAUAACUGACGAAAGGCGCGUAAAUAGACCAACCACCAUGUCCAGCGUGUGCCGUGAACAUGCUGCCGAAAUAGAUUCCAAGAUUGGCAUAAUCCGCAGAAAAGUUGCAAACUUUGCCUGCGGCUACACCCCGGAAACUAACAGCAGAGUCGAACCGUCCAAGGAAUAUCUUUCGAAGGCAAACAGAGAACUCGAAGAAAUUGAAUCGACAUGUGCUGAGUUUACUCAAACAUCAGCUGUCCUCGACGGUCUUAUUCAAGAAGCGGACGACAUGGCUACCAAAAUCUUUGCACGUCUUAGCGAAACUUUUGCCGAUUUCGGUUUGGACAUGCCGACCUACGCGGACGAGGAAAUACCGGUGGGAAUCCCGCUGGAGAAGCUUGUGCUGCAAGAGGAGGAGGAGGAUGAACCGGACCAGACAAUAAUCGGGACACCUUCAGAGCUGGCCACAUCUGACGACAGCGAGGUCAGCGAUGUGGAUUUUAAACCAAACAUUUUUAUUACUCGACCUUCUGAUUCAGGCGGACCACCGUCGUGGACACCAAUGAUUAAGACUAAAGCCAGCCGAACUGUUGGGAUUAGUCGUUUGGCGCUUGAGUAAUUUGUACCGGUACACAGCAAAAAAUCCGAUGGUAAAAUCGCAAGCAAAAGAAUGCACAUCACCUUCGUCAAAAAAGACACUUAAUAUUACACGCUGCAUGUACAAUUUUUGUAAACACAAAAAAAAAGUUGCAACCGACGGGACUCAAACCCAGCACCUACAGAAAGGACUGGCGCCUUAGCCCGCUCGGUCAUCAGACCGAUGAAAAAUGGAAGGGAUAAACGUAUAUGUGAGCUUGACAUUUCGGUCAAGUAGGUUUCCCAUACUGAUGAGCUACAUAUUUCAGGGUGUAAUAUUACACAGAAUUUCAUAAAAUAAUGCAAAAUUUAUUUUACACCCUGGCCUUUCACACGCAGCUGGAUUACUACUUUAUUUGCUGUGUACAUAUAAAUAAAUU